AUGUCGGACCAAGUACCUGUUCAGGACCAAGAUGUUCCACAAGAAGUGGGACAGACAUUUUUAGGGUCGCAAACUACGAAUGGCUCGGAAUCUACAGUCUCAUCUAGUACAAGUCCAUUCCAGAUCCAUGCUGAUGAAGAGAGAUUGAAGGAAAUGGAAAGAGAAGCUGACAGAUUACGAGAGCUUCAUUCGCAAUUGGAUGAACAACAAAAGGGUGGAGAUGGAAUCCCACAGACAGACGAAGAAAAAAGAGACAUUGAUUCCAGAUCAGUGUAUAUUGGAAAUGUAGACUAUGGAUCGACGCCGUUGGAGUUACAGCAACAUUUCAGUAGUGCUGGUAUUGUCAAAAGAGUAACGAUUUUGACCAACAAGUUCACAGGUCAACCUAAAGGGUUUGCUUAUUUGGAAUUUGACGAUGUAGAUGGUGUCAACAAGGCUGUGGCUACGUUGGAUGGAACUGUUUUCAGAGACAGAGAGUUGAAAGUAAGUGCUAAAAGAACAAAUAUCCCUGGCUUGAGCUUUAUUGAACGUGGAAGAGGUGGUUUCCGAGGCAGAGGUGGAAGAGGCGGAGGCUUCAGAGGUGGAAGAGGUGGAAGAGGAAGAGGUGGCUUUAGAGGAAGAGGUGGCGGCGGCCAGAGAUUUACACCAUACUAG